UUCCCAUUCUAUCCAUUCAAGAGUUUUACUACUCACUAUCAACCAAUUAUCAAACCCAUUUGGGCACAAUGACAAAAGUACCCUCACCUAGAAUGUCACCCACACAAGGUUAUGCUAGGGGUCUAUUCAAUAUACCAUUAGUGCUAGUAAUAAUUCUAGUAGUAGCUGGUACUACUAGUGGUAGUUUUGUCAAGACUAGAGAUACACAAUUUGUGGUAGAUGGUUCAUCACCUUUCCUCUUUAACGGGUUCAACUCCUACUGGAUGAUGCAUGUGGCAGCUGAGCCUAGCGAAAGACACAAGGUUUCCGAUACCUUCCGCGAGGCUGCAGCUGCCGGUCUCACUGUUUGCCGCACUUGGGCUUUCAGUGAUGGAGGCGACCGAGCUUUGCAGAUAUCUCCCGGAGCCUAUAACGAACCAGUUUUCCAGGCACUGGAUUUCGUGAUCUCGGAGGCGAAAAAAUACGGAAUUCGAUUAAUAUUGAGUUUGAGCAACAAUUAUAAAGACUUCGGAGGAAGAUCACAGUACGUGAAUUGGGCGAGAGGAGCUGGUGUACCGGUAAAUGGGGACGAUGAUUUUUACACUAAUCAAGUUAUCAAGGGCUACUACAUGAAUCAUGUCAAGAGGGUGCUAACAAGGAUGAAUACAGUAAAUGGAGUCGCUUACAAAGACGAUCCAACGAUCAUGGCAUGGGAACUUAUGAAUGAACCUCGCUGCCAAAUUGAUUACUCCGGAAAAACCUUAAAUGGAUGGGUUGAAGAGAUGGCAUCAUAUGUGAAAUCUAUCGACAGUAACCACUUACUGGAAAUUGGGAUGGAAGGUUUCUAUGGAGACUCAAACCCAGACAGGAAGCAGUACAACCCUGGCUACCAAGUUGGCACUGAUUUUAUAGCCAAUAAUCUCGUUAAGGAGAUCGAUUUCGCAACCAUUCACGCCUAUCCUGAUAUUUGGCUAUCGGGAAAGGACGAUAACUCGCAAAUGGGGUUUAUGCAAAGAUGGAUGACGAGUCACUGGACAGAUUCGAGGACCAUACUGAAGAAGCCUAUGGUUUUCAGCGAAUUUGGCAAAUCAAGCAAAGACGCAGGGUACAGUAUUAACGCAAGAGACUCAUUCCUGAAUGCAAUAUACAUGAAUAUCUACAACUUCGCGAGAAGUGGAGGAGGCAUCGGAGGCGGCUUGGUUUGGCAGAUCAUGGGGGAAGGGAUGGAAUCGUACGACGAUGGGUAUUCGAUUGUUUUGAAUCAAAAUCCAUCCACAAAAGCUGUCAUCGCUCGACAAUCUACUCAAAUGAAAGCGCUUGAACGUACUAUGAACACGAGAAGCAAUCGAGUUUAGCUAAAUUUUGCAAUAGCGAUGAGC